AGCGUGACUGCCAUUUAAACCAUACGUCCAUCCGACUCCAGUGUUCCGCUUGCUUCAGAAUCAAGAAGACUCAAAUCGGAGAGAAAAGGAAGAAAAAACUUCAUGUCGGACUUUUUAAAGGAGCUCUAAGGACCACAUGAAGUCCAAGCUGAACAUGGAGAGCUUGACCAAGCAGGAGCUGCUGAUGUUGUUCAGCAUCCUGGAGGGAGAGCUGGAAGCACGAGACAUGGUCAUUGAUGCUCUCAAGGCUCAGCGCAAAGAGUUCUUCGUGCAGGAGCGCUACGGCCGCUACGACCUCAGCGAUCCGUUCCUGGCUCUGCAGAGAGACGGUGAGGCCGUGGGGACCCAGCGAGGAAAAGACCACCCGGCCACUUCCAACCCACUGGUGGUGCUCAAGCUGGUGGUCAGCCAUUGCAGGAGGAUGCAAGAGAAGAUGCUGGCCCAGCUGGCGGCAGCGGAAAGUCGGCACAGAAUGGUUAUCAUGGAUCUGGAGGAGGAGAAGAGGAAGCACGCCGAAGACACGGCCGAGGGCGAUGACGUCACUUACAUUCUAGAGAAGGAACGGGAGCGUUUACAACAGCAGCUGGAUUUUGAGCGUGGCCAGGUGCGGCGCUUGGAAAAAGAACAGCGGCGCGUAACAGAUCAGCUGGAGGAAGAACGAGCACAGCACAAGCAGCUCUCCUGCGCGUUAGCCAAAGAGUGUAAGUGGGCCAGCGCCAGAGCGCUUGAAGAGGGCCACCGCCUUGCCGAGGCUGGACGCAAGCUGGAAAAGGAGAGGGAAGCCUGCCAGGCAUUGAAGGAAGAGCUAGAGGAGGAGCGGAGGCGAGCGUUGAGGAUGGAGGCAAGGGUAGAGGAGCAGUUGGCCGAAUUCGACACGGAGCGAGAGCAACUCCGCUCACGACUCAAGAAGGAGGAGGCACACUGUAUGAGACUGCAGCAGCAGGUGGAGGAGCUUCUAAGGAAGCUGAGUGAUGACAUUGUGGUGGAAGAUGUUCACGAGGAAGGUGAGCAGUGGGCCACAAAGGUUCCUUUAGAAGUGAAGCCAGAACACGAGGACAAAGCUGUCAACGGGCACCAUUUUGCGACAGAGGCCGACGAGCGUCCCAAGAGCGGACCUCUGAAUGAGAAAUCUCCAGAGCACCAGUCUUCGAAUUCCCCCAUUUUAACUAAACAUCCGAGCAGUCCCUCAGGUUGCAAGUCUUCCUACCAGGCUGGAAUCAACCAGCGCUUCCAUGCUGCCCGCCACAAGUUCCAAGCGGCGCCUCCAGAGCCCGAGCCCACCCAGCCGGCUCCCUGCACUUCUCCUCCUCCUACUGCCGAGUCCAGUAAGCUAAUGGCCCGCAGCACUGUCACUCAAGUCUUGUCCCGCUUCACCAGCACACAGCAGACGGCCAAACUUUCCACACCAAACCACUCGCCCUUUGGGACAGACUACCGGUGCUUAGCAACACCAUUGUCUCCUGUCGCAGGGCGGGCGGCAGCCCCGCCUCAAGGGGUUCGCUCACCCAACGUCCCAAGGGCUGACCGGGGGAACCCUCCGCCCAUCCCACCCAAGAAACCCGGCCUGGCUCAAGCUCCACCCUCGCCGGCCGCCGUUCCAAGGUCAGGCGGCCAUUUAAUCGAUAGCUCUCUUUCUGGAAGUUGUGGCCUCACAUCAGCACAAGACGGUGUCAAAGAACUGGAUGUAGUGCUCUCGUCUAAUUAACAUUAAACACUGUUAUAUCUAUUUUGUAUUUAUUAUGGAUGUAUAAAAAUAUGGACCAACUCAUGUGGUUUGUCAGAGAGCAAUGUUGUAAUCCUCCACUAGUUAUGGGGUCCUAGUUGUGAGUAAUUAUCCUUCCAAAAAAUUUAUGACUGUUAGCCAAGCACUGGAGGAAGUUUCUCACCUCACUUCUUAAUCCUUGAACCAAUUUAGUAAUCUACUUUGCUGAGUAUAUAUGAAUCUGGUGGCAUCUAAAUGCAUUUGAGAGUGCAGGUGUGAAUAGUUGGCGGUAGGUUAAACCAAGGGCGUAGGUUUGCAUAAGGACGGUAGGGACAUAACACCACCAACUUUUCAGGAUGCUCAAAUUGUCCGCGUCAACCUUUAAGCAACCUUAUAUGCAUUAUACAGGGUGAUUUAAAAAAAUGUGCCAAAAUCAUCACGCAUGUAGUCAUUUUAAAAUCAUUCAAAUAGACUGAAUUAUGAAUUAAUUAAUAUUAAUAAUUUAAUAAGAAUUAAGUCUUUUUAACAAGUAAGUAAUUUUAACAAAUUAAAAGUCAUAUCAGCUUGAUGUUGUCCGUGCCGCUGGUGGUGGACAUUGAGUACUUAAAAUAUAAACUUACAUGUUACAUACAAUACUUGUGUCCAGCUAGUUAUUAUCUGUUUUUGUUUUAAUAUUUAUUUUUUAAAUAUACAGCAAUGAUUUCGGCACAUUCUUUUUGAAUCACCCUGUGUAAUAAGUUCAGUUAUACAGAUGAUUUAGAUCAGGGGUCCCCAAACUUUUUCCUGUUAGGGCCACAUAACUUUUCCCUUCUCUGAUGAGGUGCCGGAGUUAGUUUGUAACAGAAAAAGUGUGACGAUUGCAGGAGUGCCUAAAUGUAAAAAAAUGUUGUUUUUCAGAAAGCCACAAUCAAAUAACCCUUUCUGGAUUUUUCACAGAACAAAAGUAAAUAAAAUAAAAAUAAUAAUAUACCGUAUUGGCCCUAAUAUAAGACGGCCCUGAUUAUAAGACCACCCCCUCUUUUUCAAGACUCUAGUUUGAAAAAAGACUUUUUGAACACCAAAUUAAUUUUUAUAAAGAAAAUAAACACAGUACAUCUGAAACAAAUGAUUAUAACAAUAUAUUUGAGAGAAAAAGCAUGUUAUUUAGCCACAUUCAAAUCUUAAUAUCUGAACAUUUAAAUAUGUAAACUAAAGUGCAAUCACAUUCGUAAAUGAAUGGCUUCUGGUUUUUGAAAUGUAAAUAAACCAGUCUAUUGUGAAAACAAAAUUGCAAUAACUGCAUUAACCAUCAAAAUGAAGUCUAACUAGUCUGGAAACAAAUCUGAAUAAGGGAAAACAUUGCAAUAAAAUCAUGCAAACUGGUUAAACUGAAAAGAGUAGCUGAGAUCUGUCAUGACAGAACCUCGCUUCAAUGAUAUCUGGCGCCAUCUAAUGUCGUAAAUGGGGAAAGUAGCUGAGAUCUGUCAUGACAGAACAUCGCUUCUAUGAUUUCUGGCGCCAUCUAGCGUGGUGAAUGGGUAUAAUGUCUAGACCGCAAAUAUAAGACGACCCCCUCUUUUUCAGUCUUAUUUCAAUGCAAAAAACAGUCUUAUAUUCGGGCCAAUACGGUAAUAUAAUAUAAUAACACUAUUAAUUAAAAAGAUAAUAACCAAAUAACCCUCUCUGGGUUCUUCACAGAAAAAAGCCAGGAAAUAACACUAUUGGAAAAAAAAAAAAAAAAUCAAAAUGCUCUCUGGUAUUGUUCAGGGGGCCGGACCAAAUGUGGAGGCGGGCCGUAGUUUAGAUUUGAUUUAGAUUUUCUUCCCAUAUGUUGUAAGGAUAGAAUUGACCCUACCAUUAUUUAGUGAAUUAUUUUCAUUACGUUCAAACUUACAGUACAUUUACCCCUUUUCACUUGCUGAAUGCGUGGGUCCAUUUCCCCCCCUCAAACGCACGUUUGAUUAGCUGAUCACUUGACCAACCCCCGACACACACACACACGCGGGCACACCCUGACAGAAAUACAUGUCGACAACAUGCUACCUCCUCCGCCCCCUCUUGAAGAGGAGGGAUUUUUUUUUUUUCGACCAGCAGCAGCCACUGUAAGAAAUGUAAAAAGAUGUCAAUUUAGUGAAGGUUGGGAACACGCUACAAAUUUUGCUAUUGGAAGUCCGACCUGCAUCAGAGUUAGCAUAACAUUAAACUGUGUGAAUUCGCUAACCUGCAAAACUCGAGUAGGAAUCUGCUUGGAAAGAAAUGUCCCUCUGUGUUUUCUACUGUUAACUAGGGCUGUCAAAAUUAUCGCGUUAACGAGCGGUAAUUAAUUUUUUUAAUUAAUCCCGUUAAAAUAUUCGACGCAAUUAAGGCACAAAUGCCCUGCUCAAACAGAUUAAAAUGAAAGCACAGUGAAAGCUGUACUUGUUGUGUUUUUCGGAGUUUUGCCGCCCUCUGCUGGCGCUUGGGUGCGACUGAUUUUAUAGGCUUCAGCACCCAUGAGCAUUGUGUAAGUAAUUAUUUACAUCAACAAUGGCAGGCUACUAGAUUAUUUUUUGAUUGAAAAUUUUACAAAUUGUAUUAAAACGAAAACAUGAAGAGGGAUUUUAAUAUAAAAUUUCUAUAACUUGUACUAAAAUUUAUCUUUUAAGAACAACAAGUCUUUCUAUCCAUGGAUCGCUUUGACAGAAUGUUAAUAAUGGUAAUGCCAUCUUGUUGAUUUAUUGUUAUAAUAAACAAACACAGUACUUAUGUACCGUAUGUUGAAUAUAUAUAUCCAUCUUGUCUUAUCUUUCCAUUCCAACAAUAAUUUACAGAAAAAUAUGGCAUAUUUUAUUGAUGGUUUGAAUUGCGAUUAAUUGCGAUUAAUUACGAUUAAUUAAUUUUUAAGCUGUAAUUAACUUGAUUAAAAAUUUUAAUCGUUUGACACCCCUACUGUUAACAUUUACUCAAGUGUGAGAAAUGUAGUGAACUCUGCUGGAAACUAUAGAACCAGAAAAACAUAAGCAAGAAACUGCUUAGACAGAGGCGGGUGCUGCAUAACCUCAUAUGUUGUUCACGCAACACAACAUGCACGAAACAUAAUCAUAAUUACCGUAACCACGUACAUGGGAAAAAAAAAAAAUGGGAUGCCGCGAGCUACCCACACUAGCGUUGUGAUCGACUGGUCGAUCGUAAUCAACGAAAUGAACACCCCUGAUUUAGCAUAUCAAUUAAUUAGGUUCAUAUUCGUGAGAAAUGUAGCCCCGAUGCCCGUUCACCCAAUCUGUUUGGUCUUAUUAAUGUCCCAUCCCGAGUAAAGAGUUUACAUACAGGUUAUGCUGUUAUAUCGUCCCUACCAAAGUUGAGACCAAACCUAUGCCCUUGGGUUAAACAGGAGGAGAAAAAAAAAACAGCUGGAUUUAUAUAGUGAACCAUGAAUAUGUGGGGGAUUACUGUAAUGUCAAUGUUAUUGUUUGUCUUCAUAUAUGCAGUCUCUAAUUGUUGCUUUUAUUAAUAUAAAUGUGUACAGCUGAUUUAUUUUCCAUAAAGAUUCCUUACAUACUUUAUGAUGAAAAUAUAGUUUUAUAUUACUUCAAUGUUGCAUCGAUUUAUGAUCUACUUAUGAUCAUUUUAUAGUCACAAGCACAGUACAAUUACAUGUAUUCUUGAUAGAUUUUAGCAAAAUUGCUAUUGUGCACUAACUGUGACACAUUCCUCCUCUGUAUAUGCUGGAAGGUUUAAUAAAUAAAACAACAAUGAUGGGGUGUUUUUGGAAUUCAUUUUUAUCAAUUGAAAUAAUAAUUGGAGAGAUACUUGGAUU